UCGAAAGGUAUUUCUGUGAAAGAAGCAUUAAUUAAAUGGGAAGAUAAAACUGGCUCAAAAUCUUCAGAAGCAGUAAAAGUGGAAUUGUACGCUUCCAUUCCUCCCAUUGACAGACUCGAUGCUUCCAUUUCUACUCUGACUGCAUGCCAGCAGUUGUCAUUGUCCACAAAUUGUAUCGAAAAAAUAACGAAUUUGAAUGGACUAAAAAAUUUGAAGAUUUUGUCUUUAGGAAGAAACAAUAUUAAAAGUUUAACUGGCUUGGAGACCGUUGGUGAAACAUUGGAAGAGCUUUGGAUAUCGUACAAUCAAAUUGAAAAAUUGAAAGGAUUGAAUGUAUUAAAAAAACUCAGGAUACUCUACAUGUCCAACAAUCUGCUGAAAGACUGGACUGAAUUUCAAAAACUGGUCAGUUCGUGUUUAUUUAUCUUAUAA